CCGCAGUAAUAGAAUUUGUUGCCGCUUUUGGCUUGUCGAAAAAGCCAGAUCUGACGGGAAAAGAGCGAAUGUGGCAGCCCUGCUCUAAAGUGAAAUUGCCACGAAGAACAGAAUUUUUAUUUAGACAGCAACAAAAUCAAAGACAGCUGUGUUAAUAAUAAACUUAAGUCAUUAAUAUAGUUAGUUGUUUGAAGGGAUAGAACAUGGGCUCAAGUCACAGCGUUCAUGUACCCGGCGGCGGCACUGAAGGCUACCACGUACUCAAAGUGCAAGACAACUCGCCGGGCCAGAAGGCCGGCUUGGAGGCUUUCUUUGACUUUAUCGUAGCCAUAGCUGGCACGCGUCUCGACCAGGACAAUGAUAUGCUUAAGGAACUGCUGCGUCAAAAUGUUGAGAAACCCGUGCGCAUUACGGUUUACUCCAGCAAAACGCAAACUGUGCGCGAGCUGACGCUGACGCCAAGCACUAGCUGGGGCGGCCAAGGACUGUUGGGUGUGAGCAUACGCUUUUGCUCCUUUGAGGGUGCCAACGAGAGCGUCUGGCACAUACUAGAAGUACAUCCCAAUUCGCCCGCCGAGCUUGCGGGUCUGCGUGCCUAUAGUGACUAUGUAAUUGGUGCCGAUGCCAUACGCCAUGAGAACGACGAUCUGUUUACGUUAAUUGAGACCCACGAACAGCAACCGCUAAAGAUGUACGUCUAUAAUCUGGAUGACGAUGCCUGUCGUGAAGUGACUAUUAAGCCCAACACCGCCUGGGGUGGCGAGGGUGCGCUUGGCUGCGGCAUAGGCUACGGCUAUUUACAUCGCAUACCCGUACAGCCAGUACCGCCUCAGCCAACAGUGCCCGUUGCUGGCUCAACAAGCGCAGUUAACACUGCUGCAGUCGCCGUCGCAGCAGCAGCCCCUGUGGCUACCAACACAGCGGCCAAUGCCAUUGUUGCACCAACGUUGCCUUAUAUACCACCACUAGCCAACACGUUUGGCUCAACAAAUGCUGAAAUACGACCACCAACCAUUGAAAUGCCGCCACAGCAGAGCAUAUUCAAAACCUAUUUCAAUCCGGAUGACGGCACAGAUGCAUUGACUGACGCUCUCGAUAAACAGGCAAACAUAAGCGAACCGCAGGCACAAGUGGCUGCUCCAGUUGACAAUGUUAUACAGCCACCCGCUCCCAUAGUUGCAGCUGCUGCUGCUGUUGAAGCGCCCGCUGUACCAAAGCCUUUGCCUCCACCAGCUAACAUCUUUAUACCUGGAGUGUUAGAUCCCCAAACCCAACUACAGCACCAACAACAACAACAGCAGCAGCAGCAACAACAACAGUUGCCGCCACCUCAACCCAUGAUGAAUGUUAGCGUAGGCGGCAUACCUGCUGCCCAAUUGCCUUUCCCACAGGCUACAGCAGCGCCCGCCGUACCCAUGUUCUCAAUGGCAUCGUUGCCGCAGCAGCAACAACAUCAAGCUUACAUGUCAGCGCCAGCCGUGCUCUCGUAUCCUGCAACUGGCGCACAGACAGUGCCCUCGUACCCACAGGUACAGCCCUCCAUGGGUGGGCUGUUUCCAACACAGCCAACGCCGUUGCCGCCACAAAUGGCGCAUAUGCUUGGUUCACAGCCUGGAAACGAGGCAACGCCAACAACACUGGCCAAUUAGACAGAGCUAAUGAACCAAUUUGCCAAGGCAUCUCUUAUGUAAACAAAAUUUUCGUUAAGUUUAAUUAACUGAUUGUUUUUGAUUCUGUUUGCAGGCAUUUAAGCAAAUGCCUCUGUGGCAUGUGGCAAGCAAAUAGAAAUUAAUUCAGUUCCGAUUGCAUUAAUAAAAC